AUGGACCUGCGGUCUGAGCUGCUCAAGUCCAUCUGGUACGGUUUCACAGCCCUGGAUCUGGAGAAGAGCGGUAAGGUGUCCAAGUCUCAGCUGAAGGUCCUGUCCCACAACCUGUGCACAGUUUUGUGUAUCCCACAUGACCCCGUGGCUUUAGAGGAGCACUUCAGGGAUGAUGAUGAUGGUCCAGUUUCCAGUCAGGGUUAUAUGCCCUACCUCAACAAAUACAUCCUGGAUAAGGUUAUUGAAGGUUCUUUUAUUAAGGAAAACGUAGACGAACUCUGUUGGACUCUUACGGCAAAGAAAAACUACCAGACGGAUAAAACCAGCAGCACUGUUCUGCCAGAGAAGGAUGCUUUUCGGCUUUGGUGCCUCUUUAAUUUUCUCUCAGAAGACAAGUACCCUUUGGUUAUGGUCCCUGAUGAGGUGGAGUACCUCCUCAAGAAGGUUUGCAUGGCUAUGAGUAUUGAGUUCAACUGUGUAGAAUUAGAGGACUUCUUCUCCCAAGACUCAGUGCAGCAGAGCGGCAUUACUGUUUGGAUUUUUCUGGAGAUGAUGAACUCGGGAAAGAUAACCAGGGGAAUUGAGAAGAGCAUAAUCAGCAUGGCUAUAGAAGAAGUAUACAGGGAGAUAGUUGGCGAUGUCCUCAAAGAGGGUUAUCUGUGGAAGAAAGGCCAACUGAGGAGGAACUGGAAGGAACGAUGGUUCACCUUAAGGCCAAGCAACUUGUCCUACUACACCGGGGAGGACCGCAAGGACUGCCAAGGCAACAUCGCUCUGGAUGGGAACUGCUGUGUGGAGGAAGUAGACGAUGAUCAAAUAUUGUUUGGUCGUACAAAAUGGAUCAAAAACAUCCUUUUCCCAGUGCUGCCAGACCGGGAUGGGAAGAGGUGCAUGUUUUGUCUGAAAACACUCUCCAAGACUUAUGAGAUGAGCGCCUCAGACACCAAACAGAGACAGGAGUGGACUACAGCCAUUCAAACAGCCAUCAGGCUGCAUGUGGAAGGGAAAACGUCCCUCCACAAAGAUCUGAAGCUGAAGCGACGCGAACAUCGGGAGCAGCGGGAGAAGAGACAACAGGCCAAGGAGGAGGAGCUGCAGAGGCUCCGGGCCCUGCAGGAGGAGCGGGAGCGUAAGCUGGCAGAGCUAGACCUCCUGAAGGAGGCGCAAAAGCAGGCUCAGGCCCUCCUGGAGCAAGAUGAGCAGAGGAGGCGCCAGCAGCAUGAACAACUCCAGCGGGCUCUGGAGAUCCAACUGCGAGAGGCUGAGGAGGCCCGGGUCAGUAUGCAGGCAGAGAUGGCUCUGAAAGAGGAGGAAGCAGAGAGGCAGAGGAAGAGGAUCCAGGAACUGGAGGAGAUGCAGAAGCGUUUGGAGGAAGCGCUGCAGCAGGAGAUCAAAGCCCGGUUGGAUGAGGAGGCCUUCCGCUAUGCUCAAGCAGGGUUAUUGGCUGAAGAGGAGGAGAAAAUGAAGGCCCUGAUGUCCCUGCAGGAGGAACAAGAGGAGUAUAUCCUGAAGACACAGCGGGAGAAACAGGAACUGAAACAGGAAAUGGAGGCCAAAUCCCGGUCCCUGGACGAGGCGCAGAGACAGCUGGAGGAGGUCCGCGCCAACCGGCACCGUGUUGACCAGGACGUAGUGGCUGCCCAGAGGAAACUUCGCCAGGCGAGCACCAACGUCAAACACUGGAACGUCCAGAUGAACAGACUGAUGCGACCGAUCGGACCAGGCGAGAAGAGACCGUCGUUGGGGAGCUCUUACUCAAGCUUCCAGAUCCCGACACAGAGAGAUCCCGGGUUGCGUCUCAGACGGAGAUCAGGAUCGGAGGAUCAGGACGAGGAAAGCAAAGAAAACGUUGACAACAGAGCUGGAUGUGAUCUAGAGAAACGCCACUCCCACGCCUCUAAUGGCGACAUGGACAUUCCCUAAAACUAUGAAUCAGAGAGGCUCCGUUGAUCUCCUCUGACAGGAAGGGCAAGAGGCUGACCGUCUAAUGUGUGAACCAUAUGAAAACAGUGGAACAUCUACACUUAAAACUGAAUUUACAGUACUAGCAUUUCUAUUAAAUGUUGAAUUUACUGACCUCAUUUCACAGACAGCAGCAACAUUUUAAUGAGGAGAGUUUACUGCUCGACUAAUGCUUCGACUGCAACCUGUGUGAGGUCUGUUCUGGACAUAAACGAUACCUCAGUGCAAAGAAAAUGAGUCGUAGGCAAGAUCCUGAAAGUACAAUGUAUGUUGUGAUGUUUAAAGGCUAAAACUUACAUACAAUGCAAGGAAGCUCGUUUGUUUAGCUUUGUAAUAUAAACACGUAAUGAUUCAUUUUUAUAUAUGUAUUUGCUCUGAGGAUGGAGGGUGGCUUGACUUUUUGAUGUAAAAAAGUUCAGUGUUACAGUUUACCACCAUUUCAGUUUAAGUGUCAGCCCAGAUAAACAGGAAAGGGAGAGAGAGAGAGAGAAACCCUCAUCUAACUUCCUGUUUCUACAGCUAGUUAACAUAAUUGUAAAUAAAAGAGUGAAUUGAUGCCUUAAUCUGAUUACUGCCUGUAUCUGUACUCUGUUAAAUUAUGUGCAGCAUGCACUUCAAAGAAAUUGUAACCUUCACUUCCAAUAAAAUCUCAAUUUAAAGUCCA